GCGCGACCGCGGGAGAGAAAUCAGACGGAGGGCUCGGAGAGACCUAUACUGCGGGCAUGGAGUUUGAAGAGUCCGGUAUCGGAGAGGAGUGCGGCGUUUUCGGCUGUGUGGCAGCAGGAGAGUGGCCAACACAGCUGGAAGUGGCGCAGAUCCUGACGCUGGGUCUGGUAGCUUUACAACACAGGGGUCAAGAAAGUGCGGGAAUGGUUACGAGUAAUGGGUCCACUCCACCCACAUACACCACCCUAAAGGGCAUGGGGCUGGUGAGCACAGCUUUUAAAUCAGAGGACUUACUGAAGCUGAAAUAUGGUAACCUGGGUAUCGGUCAUACACGGUAUUCCACCACAGGGAUCUCAGAGCUGCAGAACUGUCAGCCGUUUGUGGUGGACACCCUGCAUGGCAAGAUUGCCGUGGCACACAACGGAGAACUCGUAAACGCUGCUGCCUUGCGCAAGAAGGUUAUGAGACACGGUGUCGGCCUUUCCACCAGUUCAGACAGCGAGCUCAUCACGCAGCUCCUUGCUCUGACUCCGCCCAUGGAAGAGGUCGAUACUCCUGAUUGGGUAGCACGUAUCAAGAACUUGAUGACAGAGACACCCACAUCCUACUCCCUGCUGGUAAUGCACAAAGAUGUGAUCUACGCCGUGAGAGACCCAUACGGCAACAGACCUCUCAGUAUCGGCCGUCUGGUGCCCAUCUCCAAAUUACACUCAGCCAGUGGAGAGGGAGACACAGAAGGCUGGGUGGUCUCCUCAGAGUCCUGCAGCUUCCAGUCCAUCGGUGCCAGGUAUUAUCGGGAAGUACAACCCGGAGAAAUUGUGCAGAUUUCCAAGCAUGGCAUCAAGAGCCUGAGCGUAGUCCCACGUCCAGAGGGAGACCCGCCUGCCUUCUGCAUAUUUGAAUAUGUUUACUUUGCCAGGCCUGACUCCAUAUUUGAAGGUCAGAUGGUAUACACAGUCAGACAGCGCUGUGGACGUCAGCUGGCCAUCGAGGCCCCCACUGAUGCAGAUGUGGUCAGCACAGUUCCUGAGUCUGCCACUCCAGCUGCUUUAGGAUACGCACAAGAGUCGGGCCUACCCUAUGUAGAAGUCCUGUGCAAAAACCGCUACGUCGGCAGAACUUUCAUUCAGCCAAAUACUCGUUUACGUCAGCUUGGAGUGGCUAAGAAGUUUGGAGCAUUGACAGAUAACUUUGCUGGCAAACGAGUAGUGCUCAUUGAUGAUUCUAUAGUGAGAGGCAACACCAUCUCACCUAUUAUUAAACUGCUUAAGGAGGCAGGAGCAACAGAGGUCCACAUUCGAGUAGCAUCUCCUCCUAUACGAUUCCCUUGCUACAUGGGCAUCAACAUUCCUACCAAAGAGGAGCUCAUCGCUAACAAACCAGAGUUUGAAGACAUCGCUGGCUACAUUGGGGCCACCAGUGUGCGUUACCUGUCUGUCGAUGGUCUGGUGGCUGCGGUCCAGGGUGGGAUCGAGUCAUGUGGGGAGAAGGAGCAGAUCAGCUCCAGGACCAAGACGAGCAAGAGAGUUGGUCACUGCACAGCAUGUCUGACAGGAAAAUACCCCGUCGAGCUGGAGUGGUGAUGAAACAGCAUCGAACACAAUCUUUAACAUUCCAGUCCAGACUGUCUGACAAAUGGCAAUCAUCUCCACUAGAGUAGAUAUAUUAGGUCUACUGUACACUGUGAUGUGAGAUGGAGUAGAAGUUUCUACCUGCAUGUAAUUUACAAGCUCUGUAUUAAUCAGGGUUUCCACUCGCUUAAACAUCAAAGUCGAGGAGGUUCACUGUCCUGUUUACAAUGGGAAAUUUGAAUAUUUUGACAAAAUAUUCAAUGUUAAACACUACAGAUUUAAAAUAACUGAAUUGGAAUAUAUCUCAGUAUUUUUCAUUUGCAUGCAAAUUCAAACAGUUUGAGAUUUUUUUUAGUUUUUAUUUAUUUAAGGCUUUUGUUUCAGUUUACCUGCAAAGGUUUGAGUCUGUGGGGACCCUGAAUGACUGCCCUGGUAAUGCAUGCAGUGAACAGCCUAUUUGCAUAUCAAAUUCACAUUAUUUUUAGUCAAAACAACACAUAACUCUUGCAUUCCUGUGGAAAAUAAAGUCCUAUUUGAAGCUUAAUGUGUACUGAUCCUAUACUCACUUUCAGCCAUUUGUCACUUAAAGCAGUUGAACCUCUUAUGACAAAUGUGUUAUGUUAAUGUGUGAUAUGGUCAGCUCCAAAUUUCACACAUGGAGGCCUUUUUAUCUGAACAGAAGAGAAUCCAAGGCUCUUUUAUGUUCAGAAGACCAGCACAAAAAAUGUCCCUAGAAAAUACAUUGAGAGUGUGUGUGUGAGGGUGAGAGAGACAGAGAAAUGUUUGUUUGUGACUUAUUUCGCUCCUGCUGCAUUAUCAAGUUGUAAAGAUUAUGCAGACUGUUGCAGCAUGGGCUGAUGAAACCUGGAGCAAUUUGAAGAACCACAUCCUCUAGGUUUUAGCUGUAUUUGUCAAUGAAAUGUCAAAGAAUCUCUGUGUAAAACAAGCAAAAAUCAUUUAUUAAAAAUCCAUGUUGGAACAUA